AUGGGGAAGAGUUGCAAGGUGGUCGUGUGUGGCCAGGCCUCUGUGGGCAAGACGUCGAUCCUGGAGCAGCUCCUGUACGGGAACCAUGUAGUGGGCUCUGAGAUGAUCGAGACCCAGGAGGACAUCUACGUGGGCUCCAUCGAGACGGACCGGGGGGUGCGGGAGCAGGUGCGCUUCUACGACACGCGGGGGCUCCGGGACGGGGCGGAGCUGCCCCGGCACUGCUUCUCCUGCACCGACGGCUACGUCCUGGUCUAUAGCACCGACAGCCGCGAGUCCUUCCAGCGCGUGGAGCUGCUCAAGAAGGAGAUCGACAAGUCCAAGGACAAGAAGGAGGUCACCAUCGUGGUCCUCGGCAACAAGUGCGACCUGCAGGAGCAGCGGCGUGUGGACCCGGACGUGGCGCAGCACUGGGCCAAGUCGGAGAAGGUGAAGCUGUGGGAGGUGUCGGUGGCGGACCGCCGCUCCCUCCUGGAGCCCUUCGUCUACCUGGCCAGCAAGAUGACCCAGCCCCAGAGCAAGUCCGCCUUCCCCCUCAGCCGCAAGAACAAGGGCAGCGGCUCCCUGGACGGCUGA